AUGGCAUACUUAUCUUAUUUAUUCAAAUUUCUUAAUAAGGACAAUAAAUCAAAAUUAAUUUUUCAUUUUAUCCUAUUAAUUAAUCUGAGUGAAGUGCUGAUUAUAAUUUUUUAGAAAACAAUAAUAACUUUAUUCAUUAGGUAAUUUUGCAAAAAUGAUGAAUACAAAAAAAUAUGGAUUUAACACAUUAACCUACAAGUUGCCUUUACGAAUGAGUGCUAUGAGCUCAUUAGAUUAAAAAAUCUAUCAGGACUAAUUCUACAAUAAUAUGUAUAAAGAUUGAUUUAUUGGGAUUAACUCCCUUAAAGAGAAAAAACUGGUGAAAGUAAAAGAGAAUAAUUUAUAUUUAGGUGUUAAAAACUAAUUAAUUAUAGGAUAGAGGAUAAAUGUUAAAAAAUUAAACUGCUAUAAAAAGGCAUUUUCGUGUCUCAAAAAAAAAGUUAAAAUCAAUUCAAUAGUCUAAUUCUCAGCUAAUGAUAGAAACUUUGGAAAUUUGAACUUAUUAAUUUAUAAUGGUAGACAUCAUUCUAAAUUCUUAGGUGAGGCUUUAUAAAGAAUGAAUCGUUUGAAAGAAGAUUAGGAAUAUUCUGGGUUGGAUUAUAUCGAAAGCCAUGAAAAUGCAAAUUAAAAUGAUGACAAAGGUAGAUUGGGUUUGCAUAAUUUAAUAGCUUAAGAACUAGUCAAUAAGCAUAGGUUUGAGGAAGUAUUGAAAUAGUUUGAUUUUGCAAUAUUGAAAAACCCCAACAAUUCAUCUUAUUAUUUUCACAAAGGUGAGAUAAAAUCAAUAUAAGCUUUUAGCCAAUACAUUACAUAGAAUGAAUAGAUUUGAAGAAGCCUUGGAAUAUUUUGACUUAGCUAUUUAGUAGAACCCUGAAAAUCCGAUUUAUUAUCAUAAUAAAGGUAGAAUUAAUAUUGCAUAGAUUUUUAGCUCUAACUUUAGAUAAAAUGAAUAGAAUCUAAAAAGCAUUGGAAUAUUAUGAUUUAGCCCGAAAAAUAAAUCCUGAAAACCCAACUUUUUAUAAUAAUCAAGGUAGGUGUAAUUUUGCAUAGCUUUUUAGCUUUGACUUUAUCACAAUUCAAUAGAUUUGAAGAAGCCUUGGAAUAUUUUGAUUCAGCUAUUUAGAAAAACCCUGAAAAUUCAAUUUAUUAUUAUAAUAAAGGUAGAAUUAAUUUUACAUAGAUUCUUAGCUAUAACUUUAGAAAAAAUGAAUAGAUUUUAAGAUGCAUUGAAACACCAUGAUUUAGCUAUUUUGAAAUACCCUGAAAAUGCAGAAUAUUAUCGUGGAAAAGGUAUAACUAACUUCAUAUAAUUUAAUAGCGGAUACUCUAAGAUAAAUGAAUAGAUAUCAAGAAGCCAUUGAAUAUUAUAAUUUAGCUAUUUAAAAAAA